AUUGGAGGUGUGUCAAUAAAAAUGAACCAAUCAAAUUCCUUGUUACAAACAGUAACAAUAACACGUUCAAGGACAAGAUGACGACGUAUACAGACAAAGGUGAAAAGCCUGAAUCAGGCAGAUUUGUCAGCUUCGAUCAUAUCACUUUCUGGGUUGGAAAUGCCAAGCAGGCAGCGUCCCACUACUGCGCCAGACUUGGAUUUGAACUACUUGCCUACAAAGGUCUGGAGACGGGUAGUCGUGAAGUUGCCGCUCAUGUCGUGCGCCAGAACAAGAUAAUGUUUGUGUUCCAGUCCAUGUUACAGCCACACAAACCAAAAGAGAUGGGUGAACAUUUGGUGAAACAUGGAGAUAGUGUCAAGGACGUGGCGUUUGAGGUAGAAGAUUUAGACGCCAUAUUCACUAGAGCUAUAGAGCGUGGUGCUAUAGUGGUAAAGAAACCGUGGGAGGAAACAGACGAAGGAGGCACUGUGAAGUUUGCCAUGGUGAAAACCUACGGAGAUACAACACAUACGUUUGUGGAUAGAUCUAAAUAUAAAGGCGCCUUCCUCCCGGGGUACCGCGCUAUCACUAUCCAGGACCCACUCUGUGACCUCCUUCCGAAGACAGGCCUGAAUUUCAUUGACCACAUCGUGGGGAACCAGCCAGAGGAUGACAUGGUGUCCGUGGCGGAAUGGUAUGAGAGAAAUCUGAUGUUCCACAGAUUCUGGUCAGUGGAUGACAAACAGAUCCAUACGGAGUACUCCGCACUACGGUCUAUUGUGGUGACUAACUAUGAGGAAACCAUCAAGAUGCCAAUCAAUGAGCCGGCUUCAGGGAGGAGAAAGAGUCAGAUCCAGGAAUAUGUGGAUUUCAAUGGUGGAGCUGGAGUACAGCAUAUAGCUAUGAACACAAACGAUAUCAUAGAAACGGUAACGCGUAUGAAAGCUCGAGGUCAGCAGUUUCUGGAGAUUCCUACGAAGUAUUAUGAUAACCUGAGGAAAAGAUUAAAGCUCUCCAACAUCAAGGUCACCGAAAACAUGGACACUCUACAGAAACUGCGUAUCUUGGUAGACUUUGACGAGAAUGGUUACCUCCUACAGAUCUUCACCAGGAUGAUGCAGGACAGACCGACAGUCUUUCUGGAGGUCAUUCAGCGACACAACAACAGUGGAUUUGGAGCUGGAAACUUCAAGUCAUUGUUUGAAGCCAUCGAGUUGGAGCAAGCAGAAAGGGGCAAUCUGUGAUAAGAUGUGAUAUGAUCAAGAUAAGGUCAUGAUGACGUCAUCAUAACACUGCGAUGAUGUCAUGAUGAGGUUAGGGUGUGUAUUGGUGUGAAGGAGAUGAUAGAUGUAGCCGAGUGAAGGGGAGGCGACUGUGGUAGUAUGACAGACUCGUAUAUAUAAUUACAUAUCUUAAACAGACGUUCCUCUGUCUGCUUUCUUAUGCACGUUGAACCUAAUCAGAAAUCAAAACGUUUCAAUAUUUUGAUAAUUAUAUGUAUUAUUAAAUCAAUCUUGUAAGUUUAAUGGGUACUUUAUGUAUGUAUUCGAAUAUUUUGCUUGGAAUGGAAUCAUGCUGAUAAUGGUAUAGCUGUUUUGAAUUGGUGUUUUUUUCUUCUGUUAGAAGACAAUAUUCCAUAGUGAUCACGUUUUACAAAUUUUCUGUUCUAGCCAAUACCAGUUCAGUAUUAAUGUUACGAUAUCGUUUGUGAUUGACAAUCGUGUAAUAGUUUGUUUGAAAAUGUUGUAGUAUUGAAGUUGCUGUCGGUAAAAGUCUGAUUUUUCACCGGUAUAAUUUACAAGAAUAUUAACAACAGUAUCGUAAACCUUUCCGAAGAGAUAUCAUCAUAAACAUUUCAAAAACAUAUAAUUUAGCGUCAGCUGUUUAACAGGUUUGGCCAAUUUGAAUGUAUUGUGUCACACCAGGAAGCUGCUGUUUCCCCGUAAACUAUCCCCGUCUAUUUAGCAAACUGCUUAGUAUAGCAGCCUGUUUAUUUUACGGACUGAUUAUUUUACGGACUGGUUAUUUUACUAUGACUGGUAUUGCUAUCUGUAGUUUACUGCCUCACCUAGCUCUCUAUGUCGUUAAGUUGCUUUCUGAUAAACAGUCCAUGAAGUUUUCUGGUAUAAUAAGUCUGGCAUGAAUCUUUUGUGAAAACAUUUUUUUCAUUAAAUAAUCUUUCUCAUUGCUAUAAAAGACAUCUCCGUACAGAUCAUAAUAAGAAGAGGCAACUACUGCUACAGAAGUUAUUUACUUCAAAUGUACAAACAAAUCAAGCAAGUAUAAAUUGAUGUCAACGUGAAUGAGAGGAUAAUGAACUAAAAUUUACAUCUUUUAUUUAAGUCAGAAUGACAUCUAUGCUUGAAUCAGAAUGAUAGCCAUGAUACUAGUCAGUAAUCACAGUACCAUAGCAGGGAGAUUCAAAUGAAGUAAAACCCGAGUGUGAGGCUUGAUUUGGUAUUUUAGUCCUAGAAAUGAGAUUCUGCUUACAGUUUUUAUAACCUGAUUGUUUAACCAGAUCUUAUGUCAUUUUACUGUCGUCAUAUGAGCUACUUAUAUCAUUUACAAUUUUCUUUUUCAAAAUGCUCAGUAUUCAGAAUACAAUCAUUAAAUUUACAUUUACAUUUCAAAUUGCAUUUCUUUCUGCCAAGCGACUCAGAAACCAUAUUCUUUUCAUAUUAAAGUUUUCUAUAGCUUUCGUAUGUAGGGUUGAAAAGCAUAUAUCCUUAAUAAUAAGAAGAACAUAUGAAAUAUGUAAUUAGUUAUACACAACACACAUAAAUCGUGUGCUGAUGAUAUUUCUUAAUGUAAUUAGUGCUUAAUGAAGAUGACGUGUAUAGGCUGUAAGCCUUGUGUCCAAUCCUUUCUGUUGUCGAUAGAAUUUGUUGUAAUGAAAAAUAUCUAUUAUUGCUUUCCUUUGAAACAGAUAUAUUGUAUCCAGCCAUAUUGAUGAUUUUUUUAUAUCAAUCCAUUAUUUGUGAAUAUAGAUAAUUUGUCAAUUUUUUUAAUGCUUUACAUACCAAAAGCAGGUUCCUUUUUAUGUACAGUAGUGUGUUUAAGUUUGAGAUUGGAAUCUUGUUGUAUCGAGUUUCAACAAUACAUUUUGUACAAUGUUUAAGCUGAGUGUUUGACUAUUUGUUUUACAAAAGUAUAAUGUUUGUGUAUAUUACAUACAGGUGGCUUAUUUUGACUCGCAGGAAAAGUAUGUUUUGUUUUCAAUUUUGAAAAUUAAGACAAUAUCAAUGAUUUAAAUUUGACAGUUACGUACCAUGAAGCUGAAAAAACUUGGUAUAGAUGUGUCAGUCAGCCAUUUUCAUUGAGCUUAAAGCCACACAAUCUGAAAUUAAUCUUCAAUCCAACGGAAAAACUUUAUUAAUGGUUAUUUUUUUUAUCUUUUUAAGUCUUAGGACAUGUAUAUGAUAUUUUGAUUGAUAACGAUUAGAAAAAUAUCAAUGAUUCAAAUAUUAAUAAUCCAUGCAUUAUUCUAAUUAAAAAAAAACAAGGAACUUGAUACAACAGAUUUCUGGACACCCCAGCCCUGAGGCAGCUUGAAGGAGAUGGUGUAUACUGUAGACCUGCAGCCCUGAGGCAGCUUGUGUUAGAUUGGGUACUGUAGAGAUUCAUUUGAUUAGUGUCUAUUAGUGUUGAGGAAGCAACAUUCCCUUGGAUUGAAAAUUAGAUACAUACAUUAUUGACAUAUAGCCCUGUGAAUAUAAUCAACCACUUCUCUAUCAAACAAUCUCAAAGACAAAUGGGUAGAAACUGGAUGACUUUCAUUGGUAGACAAUGCAAAGUAAAUGUGAAACAAAUCUAGAAAUUAGGGAUUAAAGCAGUUAUGAAUUUGGAUAUUGAAGAACCUCCAACAUCCCUAUACAUUCUUGUGUAUGAGCUGAGAGUGUGAGAGCUGUAGGAUUGUAUGAUGCUAUGUAGAUGAGAAAGCAUAUUUUUGGUCAGUUUCAUUAUACCUGAAUGUUGAUGUUUAAGUCCCAUCUUGUUACCUAGGUGUAAUAAGAUUUUUCUUCUUUGAAAAGCAAUGUUUCAGUUUUCUUUCUUAGUAAAACUUAUUUUCACAGAAUGUAUAAUAAAUUCUUUCUAAUUUUUUAAUUGUGCUGUUUGAAUUAACCUCAAUACUAUGACUGUUUUGUCAUUAAGUAGUACAGUGAUUAAAGGCAAUAAAACUGUAAGUUUAACUUUUAGCAGUGAGGUAUGCAUUUGUAGUUAAAAAAGAGGAUGAUGUAUUUUGUAUAAACUUUAAAUUUGAUCAAAUAUCAUUUGAAAAUGAACAAAUAUAUGAGAAAUGGUUGUAAUUUAGUAUAAUCAUUUUUUUUUACAUGCAUUGAUGUAUGUACUGUUUCUGUUGGCUUCUAACUAAGCCUACAUCACAUUAUGAUGGAAUAUGGAUUUAUAUUACGCUUUCAUACAUAUUACUUAAGCUCUCUAAAGAACAUGACCUACAGACAGGACCAAUCGGAGUUUAAGUACAGUGACCAACAUAGGAACUGUGUACCAGGUAGAUGAUACCGUGAGUGUGGUAUAGGUAGAAAAAGAAGCUUGGCAAUUCCUCUGUAAACUCCAAUUGAUGACCAUCCACAUCACACAUUUAAGGACGUGAAUUUAAUCACAGAAUCAAAUACAAUUGCUAUCAGACUCCAUUGGUGAAUUAAUACUUGCCUGUAUAAGUUUAAAUGAUGAAAGGUGUUGUCUAAAUAUUGCAUGAAGUCAUUUUGUGAGUAAUUAAUGAACAAAUAAAACUGUUUCAAGGAACUCCAUGAUGAACUGGCCAGCACAUUCUAUUGUGGUAGGGAAAUCAGUGAUAAAAGUUCUUUUCUAGGACAAUACAACACAAGAAUACAUUUUUUUUUAUGAAUCUCAGUUAUGUUAGUCAAGUAUUACUCUGUCUUUGUUCAUACUGUGUUAAUUCCUUUUGUGUAAAGUAAUGGUUAUAGUUAGGUAGGAAUAUUGCUGUACCAUUAGUAUUAUGUAUUUCUGUUUCCUUUUAUCAUUCCAGUAACACAAGUAUCAGUGAUACAAUAAACAUAAAAAAUCAUGACCAUUGCACAUCUCACCAUUAUCUACAAGUAAUCAAAGACACAAACAUAUAAUGGUAUUAUUCAGUCACCUGUGUGUGUGUAUUCUGUUUAUCUUUCUAAUCGACUGUACAUAAACCUAAAUCGCACAUCCUGUUGCUCAUUUUAUUUUCCCUGUCAAAUUUUUCAAAAUUUCAUUUUGACAAUUUAUAAAUAAAAAGGUAAAACUGCAAAAAUUAAUUCUUAAGUCUUAAGGAAGAUAAUUUUGGAAGCUUGCGAGCGAAAAUGUAGUAUUUAUUUUUUGCGAAAUUGGGCAUACGCAUGCUGUUGUGAUCAGCAGAUGAAAUAGUGAUGACAAUUUUAUUGUAUUGGUAUUGUGCAUCGUAUACCGCUAUUGAUGAUCAUUAUGGAACGCCAAAUUAACAUUUAUUCAAAUAAUUGCACCUAUCUUCAAAUAAUUCAAGAUAGGUACAAUUCAAUUGAAGAUAGGUGUAAUUCAAACAAAAAUAGGUACAAUUCAAUUGAAGAUAGGUUUAAUUCGUCAUAUUUGAACCUAUCUUCAUUUGCAUUGUACCUAUCUUCAAUUAUUUGAAUAUCUGUUAAUUUGGCUUUCCAUAUGGAAUAUGUAUAUAUAUAUAUUCAAUUAAUUGUGCCUAUCUUCAAAUAAUUGAAGAUGGUACAAUUAAUUGAAGAU